UGUCUCUUUACCCUGUUGUUCAUUCAAUAAAGUUUCUUUCCGGCUUCGUUUCAGCUGUGUAACAUGGCUUUUCAGUGUCAGAGGGAUAGUUAUAUGCAAGAAUUUGUCACGUCGGUGGUGUCCUGUUCACCCGCCGAACUGAAGCUGGACAACAACGGCAAGAAGGAAAAAGUGAAGGGCUUCAAUGUGAUAUUAAAAGACACCAUUCUGUUCCCUGAGGGAGGCGGACAGCCUGAUGACCAUGGAACCAUUGAGGAUCUGCCUGUGGUGCGAGUGUUGAGGCAGGGAGCAGAGGCAGUGCACUUCAUCAGCUCAGCUUUAGAGGAAGGCCGUGAGGUUCAGCUCAAGGUGGACUGGGAGCGUAGGUUUGAUCACAUGCAGCAGCAUUCAGGCCAACAUCUGAUCACUGCCUUGGCAGACAAAAUGUUUGGAUAUAAAACUACCUCAUGGGAGUUGGGCCGUCAGCGCAGCAGUAUCGAGCUGGAUACAGCCUCUGUGAAGCCAGGAGAGAUGGAAGCAUUAGAGGAUGCAGUCAAUAACAGGAUCCGUGAUCAUGUCCCAGUCAAUGUGCGCCUCCUCUCUAUAGAUGACCCUGAUGUGGAGAAGGUAAGGAGCAGAGGGCUUCCUGAUGAUCAUGCUGGACCAAUCAGGAUCAUUGAUAUUGAGGGAAUAGACACCAAUAUGUGUUGUGGGACCCACGUAUCCAAUCUCAGUCAUCUACAGGUAAUUAAGAUUCUCGGGACGGAGAAAGGGAAGAAGAAUAAGACCAACUUAAUUUUCAUAGCUGGAAACAGAGUAUUGAAAUACGCAGAGAAAAGCUACAACACUGAAAAGUUGUUGACGUCACUGCUGAAAACAGGGCCAGAUGAGCAUGUCGAUGCCGUGGACAAGCUGCAGAAAACAGUGAAGCGCCUUCAGAAGAGUAACCUCACUAUCCUCAGGGACAUGGCUGUUCUUAUAGCACAGAACUUCAAGAGCCAGCCAGCAAGAGGCGACUUCUUCAGUUUGCACAACAAGGAUGGUGAUAACGAGUUCAUGAACAUCAUCGCCAAUGAGAUUGGCUUUCAGGACACAAUCAUUUUCUUGACAGUGGGAGAAGAGAAAGGAGCAGGACUGUUUCUGCUUGCAGGGCCUGAGAACGUCAUAACUGAAUUGGGGCCACGAGUAGUGGAGCUGCUACAGGGAAAAGGUGCCGGAAAGAACGGCCGUUUCCAAGGCAAGGCCAACAGCCUGGCAAAGAGAGCCGAGGUGGAGGCUCUGCUGCAGAAGCACAGCUGCCGGCGCGCUGCAGGAGAGGAGUGACAGAUGAACAGAUAGAUCCUGGUGCCCUGACUGCCUAAAGAGCACAUGAAGCUUCAGCUGGAAUGACAACAACCAAAUCUCUGUAAACAGCCACUAUGACAAAUUUAUUUGUUAAUCUUGUUCAUCUUUGUGCUGUUGGGCAAUCUAAGUUAAAUCAGGUUUAUUUAUGAAGCAUGUCUAAAGCAAGAAACAUAUGUGCUGUUAAGUUUAUUCAAUCAACAACAACAAAAACACACACACACAAAGCCCAUGCAGAUCAGUUACAUAGAUGUGCAAAUAAUUAAAUUGAAUUUUGUAUGUUAUCAACAUUUAUACCACAGCUCUUUUGAUUUCUCGAAUUGGUCAAACAGUCUUUUCUAUAACAUUCAGACAGUAGUGCUGACUUAUUUAAAUCACAGGUUUGUAGUAAUGCACUCAUUGUAAUGUUACUGUUUCUAUAGUAACAGUGCAUACACAGUGACUUGACAAUCUACAUCUACAGGCUAAUAAUAAAGAUGGAUCAAAAAUGCUAUUUAAUGAAGAAAAACCUAUAAUUGUUGAUGUGGUGAAGUUUUCUGUAAGGAGAUGUUUACUAUCUGUGGCUUCAGUCAGUAAGUUGUCCUCCACGAGAAGUCUUCAGGACAGAGGACUUAGUUCUUUCCGGUUUCUUUCAGGAGAGAUAACAAAAGAGAGGCUGGUAAAGGAAUGAUUGUUUAUAGUUGCUAUAACGUAAGUGAUAACAGGAGCUUGUCUCAUGGAUGUUGUGCAACAGUACCUGUAAUUAUAAAUGGUUAAAAGGCAUGAUGCGUUGUUUAUUAAUAAAUUAACAAAGUGUACUCAUGCUGUGGUAUAAAUAAAAAAGAAAAAUAACCCAUUUACAAAAAGUCCUCUUGUCAAGAAUCCUGUUGGAGAUCCUAAAUAUCUGUUUUAUUUAUGUAUGCCUUGAGUGUAUAUGUCUAGAAGCAAGACUAGAAAGAGCCUGUGAAUAGGAAAUGCUGAUAAAUGACAAGCUUGCUCCAUAUAUUUUGAAUGUUUUAUUAAAAAUAAAUGUUUUCAAAAAUAGAAUUUUACAGAAGGCACAAGCAACUAUCAUUUCCAUACACACAGACAAAAAUGAGGGAUUUCACAAUACAGGCAAGCAGAACUUUCUGUUUGAUUGCGUGAAAUAAAACAAUGCUCUUCAUCCCUGUCAUAAAGUAAUACAUCUCAGUUCUUAAAAACGAACCUCAUCUAAAAGCAUUUGUGUGCUUGGGCUAGACGCCAAGCCUAUUCUCAGUACACUUAAAGAGCACUAAGAUACGAGUUAUGAGAUUAAAUAAAACAGUAAUCUAAACACAACACCGUAAUCCUGAGCAAUAAACAACUUUUUACAGUG